UUCCAAACCUCCCUCCAAAAUCAGAACCGAUAUCCAAACCCCAGUCAUGAAGAGUGCUCACGACGUACUCCUUGAAAUACGUGUCCAGAGAGGCAGACGCGUCGCGCAACGUCUCGGCUGCUACCUUGCCGUCGCCGCCGCUUCCUACCUUCUCAACAAGAUGCUCUACACCGUCCACGGCGGCCAACGCGCUGUCCUCUUAGACCGUUUCCGCGGCGUCCUCGAUUACACAGUCGGUGAAGGCAGCCACUGUUUGAUCCCGUGGGUUCAGAAACCGUUCAUCUUUGACGUUCGCACGCGCCCCCACACUUUCUCCGCUGUCUCAGGGACAAAAGACCUUCAGAUUGUGAAUCUCACUUUGCGUGUGCUAUCUCACCCCCAGGUCGAUCACCUUCCCCAUAUUUUCAAGACCCUCGGGCAGGAAUACGAUGACAAAGUCCUUCCCUCCAUCAGCAAUGAGAUUCUCAAGGCUGUCAUAGCGCAAUUUAAUGCUGAUCAAUUGCUUACAGAACGUUCUCGUGUUUCUGACAUUAUGCGACAGAGUUUAAUUCAUAGGGCAAAGGAAUUCAAUAUCCUAGUAGACGACGUGGCAAUCACUCAUUUAUCAUAUGGUGCAGAGUUCUCAAAGGCUGUAGAGCAGAAACAGGUGGCACAGCAAGAGGUAGAGCGGUCUAAAUUCAUAGUGGCAAAGUCAGAGCAGGAACAAAAGGCGGCUAUCAUUAGAGCUGAAGGAGAGAGUGAAUGUGCGAAGCUGAUAUCUGAUGCUACUGCUGUUGCAGGAAUGGGGUUGAUUCAGCUGAGGAAGAUCGAGGCAGCAAAGGAAAACGCGACGACCCUAAGCAGGAACAGCAAUGUGAUGUAUGUGCCCAGGAAGAACAUCCUUUUUGGUGUGGCUGCCGGGCGCUGAUCACACAUCUGCUGAUCAAGCUACUUGCAAUGGUAACACAAGCUUUUAUUUUUUCACUAGGAAACAUGUUAUAACUGUAAGAAUAGCUGGCACGUAGGAAUGGAUAAUGAAGCCUAAUUUACUGGUACUUGGGUGUUGGAAGAUUGUGAUUUCUUGUCAAAAUAAAUAACGUUAUCAAUUCUCUUCAUCCCAGGGGACAAAACCGACAUGUUCCAAGUAUGAAAUUCUAAUGUGAUAUUGUCUUACGCUACUUCAAUGAUUAAAU